ACGCUCAAAAGUGAUAAGCAGGAUGUGCUUAUGGUGCGUGGGGGCAAGUUCAAGAAAUCUGGAAAGAAGAGGAAUGCUAAGAAAGGUGGCGACAAGGCCAGCCCAACUAAGCAAACUGGCGCCAAAUCUGUAAAGAGGAAGGUCAGUCAACCCACUUCUGAAUCCGAAUGCUUCUACUGCAAGAAGAAGGGGCAUUGGAAGAGAGAUUGCUUGAAGCUAAAGGAAGAUCAGAAGAACGGAACAGUCGUUCCAUCUUCAGGGACUAAGAAGAAGUAGAAAGUUAAGCAAGGGUGAAGUCGACCUACGAGUGGGAAAUGGAGCACGG